AUGGCGAGGAGAGAGCCCCACUUCAACCAGACGGUCUUGAUUGACCCAACUCCUAUGCCCGAGCACAUUCCAAAGGUCGAGGAAAUUGGAGCAAGUUCAGCACCUCUCAUGAGCGCGUCUUACUUCAUCGGAGCCCGGUGCCAACCAUAUAACGAUGAUUACAUGCAAUGCAAAACAGAAGCCUAUGGACGAGGGGAGCUCGAAUGUAUGAAAGAGGGACGGAAGGUCACAAGAUGUGCUGCCAGUGUGUACGGCUCUCAUCCUCCCCAUUGGCGAACAGUCCUCAUCCAAUCGCAGGCUUAA